UUUAUUAACGGUGACAUGAGUGAGCUCAACCAAGAGUAUUUGCGUCGAGCGGGCAAGCUGUGAUAAUGCCUGGGCAUUGCUGUGUACCGCGGUGCCGCGGGAACUAUGACGGUGGAGAAUCUGUGCGCGUGUUCACGUUCCCUUCGGACCCAGCAAGAAGAACUCAGUGGAUUAAAGCUAUUCACCGUGCGGACUUCACACCAGGAAAGCGAUCAGUGGUCUGCGAGCGCCACUUCAAACCAUCCGACAUGGUAGACUCAACAAGCUACGUGGAUGCAAAGACCGGCAAAGUAAUUGAAGCAAAGCUGAAGCUUACGCGUCUUCGACCUGACGCAGUUCCAAGCAUAUUGCCGAACUGUCCUGCUUACUUUUCCGCCCCAGCCUCAAGCACAUCUCGAGAGGCCCCACAUGAAAAGAAAGCGCGUCGAGAGGCAGCUUUCCUGCAAGAUGCCAUCAAAAUGUCCAUCGAGACGCAUCACGAGGAAGAGCAAAAUAACAAAAUUGAUACUUUUCAGGCGCUCUUAAACUGCCUCCCAUGUAUCAAGGUUUCAAAAUUCUGGGCAGUAAUUCCACAGCAUGACUGCGUACUCUUCCUCAACCUCACUGUCGAUGAUGCCCCAGCUAUCAGAAAAUCAGUUAAAAUCACAGAGGAUCUCUCUUUGAGGCUGUUUUUUCAAGACGUCGAGGUCACCAAAGUUGAUGGCAUAGACGUUCCAAACACUGUGAAUGACAUUCGGUGCUUGACAAAUCUUCUGGAAGCUGUUGAGGGAUUUGAUGAGACACCUGCCUUGAACUCCGAGGACAAGACCAGUGGCAUACUAAAGCUCGUGGUGUCACUUCUUGAGGACGCAAUGAAUCGGGAAUUGCAAGACGAGGAGCGGAAAGAUUCUUGUACCUUCUUAAGGGACAACCCAAAAAUUCUGACUGCAUCGUUCAAGACCCUCCGUGAUCUUCACUUAAAGGAACAAGAUCAACUUGUGAAGGCUGCUCCAAUGCUCUCAGUAAAAGCCCUCAACCCUUCCAGCAUGGAGAGGCAGAAUGUUAAGCUUGCACUGAAAGUGUUCAAUCCAUCCACGACAGCUGCAGUAGAAACAUAUGCUCAGCGCUAUGACUUGCAGCAUGCACCUGGAACUGCAGAGUUCCUAAGGAUCGUUGAAACCUGGUGGAAGAUUAUUAAUGUUAAGUCUCCCAGCAAAGGACGACGGCUUCGUUAUGUGCUGCAGACUCCCGUCGCACAAAUAUUGUGCCCACAAGUGGAAUUCCUUCGAAACAUCGUGCAGUGGCUUGACGUGUGGGAGCAAUUGAAGUUCGAUAAUGGAAUCUUCACACGGGAAACCCACAGUGCCUUUCGACCCACUACGGAGACGCUGCUUAAGCUUAUCACCUAUUGCCUCGAAGACCUUCGAUUUGAUUAUGUCCUCCUGGGUAAAUUCCAGAGAUUGUUUGGAGGAAAGAUUUGGCAAGUAUAG